GGGGGCCGUCCGGGGUGGGGUGGGGGGUUCGCUAUGUCGGAUGACGAUUCGAGGGCCAGCACCAGCUCGUCGUCGUCGUCGUCCUCCUCCUCCUCCUCCAACCAGCCGGCCGACAAGGAAGCCAGCACCCCCAAGAAGAAGGAGAGUAAAGUCAGCAUGAGCAAAAACUCGAAGCUCCUCUCCACCAGCGCCAAGAGGAUCCAGAAGGAGCUGGCAGACAUCACCUUAGACCCUCCACCAAACUGCAGUGCUGGUCCCAAAGGCGAUAACAUCUACGAGUGGAGGUCUACCAUCCUGGGUCCUCCAGGAUCUGUGUAUGAAGGUGGCGUGUUCUUCCUUGAUAUCACCUUCACACCAGAAUAUCCCUUCAAGCCUCCAAAGGUUACAUUUCGGACAAGAAUUUAUCACUGUAAUAUUAACAGCCAAGGCGUUAUUUGCUUGGACAUAUUGAAAGACAACUGGAGUCCAGCCCUGACCAUUUCUAAAGUCCUCCUCUCUAUCUGCUCACUGCUAACAGACUGCAACCCUGCUGACCCUUUGGUGGGAAGUAUCGCCACUCAAUAUAUGAGCAACAGAGCAGAGCAUGACAGGACGGCCCGGCAGUGGACCAAGAGAUACGCUACAUAGACUGGGGCCUUGCGGUUCUCGCGUUACUUGUCUGUCACAGAAGAGCUGCUCAUGGUUUUGGAGGGGGGUGGGAGUUGGUAAAGAGUAGGGUAUUUCUAUAACAGAUAUUAUUCAGUCUUAUUUCCCAAGAUUUUGUUGUAACUUAAGGUAUCUUGCUACAGUAGACAAAACUGGCAAUAGCAACUUUUAAAACUGUCGGUUCUGCAAUAUCAGCUGAUACGUAGUGCAGACAAGGAUGUACGUUUAGACAUUUGGGUUCAGUUGCUUGUAGUCUGUAAUUUUAAAACAGCUUCAUUUUGUACAUGUUAUACAAAUGGCCAUUUAUGUAAAGUCCUAAGGCUACAAACUUUCUUGUUUUAAACAAAAUCAAAAUUUGUUUUCCCUUCUUGGAAGGGAACAAUGAUAUUUAACAGUUUUUAGAGAUUGCCAUCUCGUAUGCAUAAAGUGGAUACAUGGCUAGAAAACACCAUGUAGGAAAUGAGUAGUUAAUGUGUUUUAUUUUAUAAAAUGUACUUCAAAGGUUUGAAUCAGGACUUUUGAAAACCUGUAGUGAAAUACCUUAAGCUGUUAACUGUAAGGCGUGGACUAGGCGUCACUCAGUGGAUUGGUUCUAUGUUGUAGACUUCUUAUGUCUGCACUUGUUACUGUGCUAAUAAACAAUGUUAAGAACAA